AUGGUUGCAGAUGAGGCAAUAUUUCAAGAGAAUAAUGCACAAAUUUACAAGAGCAAUCAUAUAAAGGAGCUUAAAAAUAACCUUGGAAUUACGACAAUGGAGUGGCCAACAAAAUCGCCAGUCCAAUUGAAAAUAUGUGAGAAGAAAUUAAAUAUUGGAUUCGUAAGAGCCAUAUUUGCCACAUGGAAUGCUAUUACAUUUGAGAAAAUCCUUUACUUUAUAGACUCAAUGCCAGAACUUGUUAAAGCUGCUAUCCACUAUUUAUAA